GUGUCAUUUUUGGUCAAACUUUGAAAUCGCUGAUUUGAAUUUGUGGAGGAGUGAGGCAUAUUUGAAAUACUUUGAUUUUCUUGAUAAAAAAGGCGGAUUUUUCUACGAACGGUGGGGAGAUGCACCCGUUCAUUCAAUAGCUGCAGUACUCUUCUUAAAGAAACACCAAGUGCAUUUUUUCAAAGAAAUUGGAUAUAAACAUGAACCUUUCACCCAUUGUCCUAGCGAAGAAGAAUUGCAAUUAAAAUGUCAUUGCGAUCCUUCCAAUAAUUUUGAUUUUGAAGGAUACAGUUGUACUGGAAGGUUUCUUGAAUUAGUAACAGAAUGGAAUUCACAAAAACUUCUGGAUAAUACUGUAAAUAAUUAA